AUGGCGACACCGACUUGUGCCCAAGUGAUGGAAUUGGAUGCGCAAGUUUAUGAAUCAGAUUUCUACCAAGAGCUAGCUGCAAGGGGGGAAAUACACAUCGACCGUCGGGAGGCCCCUCCUCGCCGGGAUGUUUAUCUGGAAAGGAGACAAGUGGGGGACAGUGUCGUACCGACAACAGUGGCCGAAUCUACCUCUACCUCGACACCGUCGUCCUCAUCCUUAGAACCUACGAUUACCUCUUCCGCCGACCCGACAUCGGCGAUCAGCACAGAAACCAAAACUUCUCUAUCGACACCAGGUGUGUCGACGUUAACCGCAGCCAGCGUCACAGUCGUCACCACACCAUUACCUACACCCUUCGAUACCUCCCUGGGCAGCAACUUUACCAGCUCGUCCUGUCCCGAGUUCUUCUCCGACUUCCUCAACAACGCAACGUUCCAGUCCUGCGUCCCGGUGUCCCUCCUCCUACAGAAUUCCAAUUCAUUCUUCCGCGCCCAACGAUCAUUUACACUCCUUACGCAAACUCUUGACGCAGCGUGCAAUGCGCCCUUGGCGAUCUGCUCGCCUUUAAUGAGCAAUCUUGCGUCACAAUUGAUCGAUAACGCAAAUUGUGGCCAGGACUACAAGCAACAGAACCCGCUCGUGUCACAAGCUUAUGCGGGGUUCCUGGCCUACGAACCGAUCUAUCGCGCGACAUGCCUCAAAGACCAAAGUACGGGGAAUUACUGCUUCAGCGAAGCCAUUACAAACUCAUCCAAUGCGGCCGAUUUCUACCCUUACUACACGGCUGUGGGUUUGUCGAUGCCACAAUCGGCGAGACCCACCUGUAGCCAGUGUCUGAAGGAGACGAUGGAGAUCUUUGCUGGCUAUGCAGAGAACGCGGCGCAGCCCCUGGCCAAGACGUACCUCCCAUGUGCGAGCCAGGUGGAUCAGGGCUGUGGGAGUGGGUUUGUGAAUACGCAAGUCAAGGCUGGCAGUGUGGCGAGUUCGAACGCCGCGAUUGGGGGAAGGAAGCCAGAUCGGAGCUCACCUCUGUUGGUCACCGCGAUACUGAUGAUGGCACUGGUCGGUGGUGUGGUGUGCUGA